AUGUCUGAGGAUGGAGCAGGAUUUUUGCAAUCUGGCAACUUGGUUUCCGAACAGCGUUUCCGCCGCGACGAUGGCUCUAGCACCGAUUCCAGCGGUUGGGGCAAAAUGCAGAUAGCGACCCCAAUCAUCGUUGCCGUGUCUCUUACUGCCGUGUUCGCUGUGAUCUUCGGCUGGUAUAUCUACUCCCGGAAGGCUCGAACGCAGCCUUCAUACACCUAUCUUCAUCAGACGCGCGACAUACUAUGGAAGAAGCUCCAUGGGCCACAGGGACUACGGCCCGUCACCAACUUCGGCCCCAUCGACGCGACGCCGGCAAGCAACCGUUUCCCCCAUCACCGUUCGUAUUCGAGUGACGCGACAACGCCCCUCACCAACGAAGACUGGAUCAGCACAGACUACUCCCCAUAUCAACCUCCAAGGCGACAGUCAACGUCCAAAACACCAGCAAGGAAGUGGUGGCAGAUCUUCAGGUCUCGCCCUACCGAAAUUGUCUCCACCGAACCUUAUCGUCGAUGGGUCGUGGAUGCUUCCGAUGCGAGUACAUCUCAUUACAUGUCCACCGAGGCGGGCCAUGAUUCGCCGAUCGAGAGCCGUGGGCACACAAGCAACUCUCACUGGGAGCACCGUCUCUCCGCUCUCCAGGAAAGCAGUGAAUACGACGAUGGAGAGGGCGAGGAGGUAGAGAGCAUUAUCUUUAUCGGUGACCCGGACGCAACCGUGGAAUCCAGCCCACUGUCUCAUAUGGCCGUCGGUCCAUCUACAACCCACCAUGCUUACGAGGUGGAAUCCCCUCGUUCAUCUCCGCGUCCGUCUCCUCGGUCCUCUCUUCGGGCUCCAUCACGAGCCCGAGCACUUGAGCAAGUAGACCUUGAACCUCCUCCGCCUCUCACCCCUCGAAUGUCGGAACGAAGGUCAUCCAGUAUUAGUUCGGCUUCGUUCCGGACCGCGCUACCGCUAUACACUCAGAAUCCCUACCCGCUGCAGCCACAAACCCCUCAGUCACUAUACAUCAACGUCCAGCCUCCUUCUGCCGCUCAAAGCAUGGUUUCACUUCCUAGCCAUCCAUAUACAAUGGUUCAAACAUUCGUACCAUACGGCGCGCGCAGCGAGACUACGCUCUCUUCCCAGGCUACGGUGACUCAAGCUCAGCCGUUCUCUUCUUCGCUAGCCUGUCUUCCAAUCCUCCAGACCCCUCCUUCCGUCGCCCCCCGCGCUCUUCAGGCCUCUCCUCCAGCCUUACACCACACUCCCCGCCCACUUCCCACCCCUACGUCCCCUCCCCGCCCUCUCCCAAUGUCCCCGCCAUUAAUGCACUCGUACUCAAACUCCUCGCUCGCGCCUUCGCAGCAGCAGCAGCACAUGCGCCAGCUGUCGCGCGAGAACCUCCGGGCUCUGCCGGAUCUGACCGUACCCGGCGCCGGCUCUGUGAGCGCCGCGGGGUACGGGCUCGGAGAGUUAGGUGUACACCCGAGUGUGUACUUGCACGGGCGCUCGGAGUCGGGGUACUCGACGGAUAGCAUGCUCGUGAAUCUAUCUCCGCUGACGCCAUCGCCCGGUAUGGGCAUGCCCUGA